AUGGGCCGUAUCAACAGCCAUUUUCAAAAAGACUUACUAAGGUCUCUUCACCAGAACUUGAAGCGUGUCAAAAGUCAACUUUCCAGGAUACCGGUUAGAGGAUUGUCAAAAUACCAGUUAGCGCCCGCCCUGACAAGGUCGUGUUCCCGGACAAGAACUUUGUGGGGGCAACUGCGGAAGAGCUACUCGGCAUUGGGGAUCGAGUGCUCGUACCUCUCCGAUUCGGACGGCAUCGAUGCUCAUUUUCAGUACGUUUUUGGUCUGGAUUGCAAGUCGGAGCUCUCGCAGCACUUGAUUUGGAAGGACCUUGUGUCCGUGGUGGAAGUGAGCGAGCGUCCUGGACUGGUUUCGGGCGCUGGAGUCACGACUGAGGCACUGUCCGCCUUCUACUCGGCCUGCGAUAAAUACGCCAAACUGAAGCCGUGGAACUGCCUCUCGCCGAACGCCAGGCCAUUCAGGUGGACGCUGUGGGGAGGGCGAGCUGCGGCUGGAUGCGCGUCGCCAGGCCACUGGAAGGACCACAAGGUCAGCUGCACACCUCCUGGAGACGCUGCUAACGGCGCUGGCGAGCACAAGAUCAUGUGGGGUGCGAAGGAGAUGUCGAUCCUCUACGACCCGCAGACUGGUGUUUUGCAAGGUGAUCGAAGCGUGCCCGAUGUGACCGAUCUGGCUUGGCUGGCUCGAGCUCUGAACGCGCAGAACAAGAUUCGCAAGGUGGAGCUGAGGUGCAAGACUUUCGGCUUCGACGACGAGCUCGUGAUCCGCAACAGCACCGCGCUCACCAUGCAGGACGUAGAGCGGUUGUGGAAGGUGAUUAAGAAGCAGCAAGAAGGGGGCGAGACGAUUGCAGAGGGCGAAGCCAAGAAACGACCAAGGGGUUAUCGUCGGAAGCAAAUCGAGCAAAUCCGGGCGCUGUUCAGGUGUGACUGCAAGAAGUUCUGGGCCAACGGAUGGAUCUGCUCGCAUGUCGUAGCGGCGAUGGCACGAAAGAAGCAGUUCGUCUUGAGUGUGGUCAUGGCAACUUUGCCGACAACUAUGCUGAGCGGAGGACAGCGCAAGAUUCCAGGCGCAUUGUACGCUGAUGAUCCGAACAACCGUACGCUCACAGUGCCCUCACUGAUCAGGCGUAUGAUGAAGCAGCCUCAUUUUUAUUACCCCCACGGAUGGAAGAUUGCAAAAGAGAUGACCAUGGAGAUCAACGGGGAAGAGGAGGAACUGUUUGCAGUGGGGAAAAUCCGAUCUUACUCGCAAAACGGAGGCAUCUACAAAUGGCUGGUCGUCUUCGAACAUGGCGUCAACGAGUUUUUCGAAUUCGAAGAACUCGCACAGCUCAUCGUGUCUUCUAGGCAAUCGGGGCUGGAUGUUGCUUGCAGUGCCGUUCCCCCCGGUCGCCACUACAGAGGUCAUCACCGAGGAGAACUGACACAUAAGUGUCUGAGUGCAACUCCAGACAGUGAAUACGUGCUCUCAAUUCAUAUUGCACAUCAUUCGUAA